AUGGAAGCAGACAAAGUGAAUUGGCCCCGCUCGUCCUCGCCGAGUCCGGCCCGCGCCGGGGCCGCGCCAGGCGCGCGCGGGGCCGAACGCAGCGCCCCCCUCAGGCCGUUGCGCCGCGGCCGUUGCGGCGACAGUCGGAGACAGAUCGGUGCCAUGGAGGAGCUGCCGCUGCCCGCCGGAAUCAAUGCCAGCACCUUCCCCGCCAAGCUGUGGGGCCUGGUGAACAGCCCCCGCGUCCGCUCCGUGCGCUGGGACAGCCAGGCCCAGGGCUUGCUCAUCGACCGCUUCCUCUUCGAGCGGGAGCUGCUCAGCCCGGGCGGCGCCCACGGAGGGGGCGGCCAGGGGGCGGGGGCGGCCUCGGACUGCUUCAAAGCCACGCACUUUGGCAGUUUCGUGCGCCAGCUCAACCUUUACGGCUUCCAAAAGGUGCCGUCAUGGCUUGGCUCAGCUGUGCCGGGCGAUGCCGGGGCUUUGCUCCACUUUAUGAACCCAAACUUCCGCCGCGAUCGCCCCGAGCUCCUGCUCCACAUCAAACGCCGGACCAGGGCCAACAGGCAGAGACUGGCCGCGGGGCUGGAGGUGCGUAGCCGCCAGCCCAGCCGCCUCCAGGGGCCCUCCACGGACGGGUCGCUGCCUGCCUUCCCCACCGGGCAGCCGCCCAGAGCCGCUCCCUUGCGCCAGAAGCGCGAUGCUGCCUCACCUGAGGAUUCAGAGCUGCCUCCAGGCCCUUCCAAGAGAAGUGCAGGUGCUCAGGAGAGUGAGGCUUCCCCAGCAGCUGCCAAGAAAGUCUGUGCCACCUCUGGACUUGUUGGGGCUUCACCAGUGGAACCAUCAAGAGAGCUCAUCCAGAGAUUUAAUCUCCGCAAGCUCACGGUUCCACUGGUUCGCCUGGACCUGAAACGCCAUCCUGAGCUCAUGGUUCACCUCACUCCAAUCCACCCUGAAGCUGCUUGCAGGCCCCUUGGACACAGCAACAGCUGCUCAUCUUCUCAGCAGCACAGCCCAGCCUGCGACCCAUCAGAUCUCAAGUGA